AUGGAAAAUGACUUGAUAUCUAAUGAGGGUUCUUGGAUUUUAAAUUUCACUAGAAAUCUAAAUGAGCAGGAAAUGUUAGAGGUGGAAAAUCUACUUCAGGUUAUUGGUGAUCCUUCUCGUUUAUCUAAUGAAGAUUCUAGACCGUGGCGCUAUGGGGAGGGUUUUUCUGUGGCUAAUGCCUAUGUUGCUCUUGAAACUGGAAGUCUGCUAUCUUUCCCUGCCAAUCAGUUGUGGAAUUCAAAUGUGCCAUUGAAGGUAUCGUUCCUUGUCUGGACUUUAUGUUUUAGUGGUGCUCCAACAUUCGAUUACUUACAUAAUGCUGGUCUUAUCCAAGACCCUAAAUGUGUAUUAUGUGAUGAAUGCUUGGAAACAAAUGAACACUUUUUCCUGCAUUGCAACUUGGUGUUUAAGAUUUGGUCUUAUUUUCUAAAACGUUUUGAGAUCAAUUGGGUAUUAUCUAGAAAUGUCAAGACUAAUCUGUGGGAAUGGGGUGAUAAGUGCCAGAGAAGAUCAAGAAACAAAAAGAAGAAAAUCUGGAGCAUUCUUCCAUUUUCUAUUUGGUGGUGUAUCUGGACUGAAAGAAAUGCAAGAGUCCAUAAUAAUUUGUUGAAGGAUUUAGAUCAACUCAUUACAGAUGUUAAAUGUUUAAUGUUCAACUGGGGACUGAAAUCUCAAUUAUUCCCUUAA